GGGGAAGGGCACAGGUGGAGGAACUGGGUGGUGGCAGCAGAGUCUAAGGCACGGGAGAGAGAGAGCCGAGUGCCAGCCAGCUCCUGACAUCGCCCCCCGCCGCUAGGAGACGCCCAUCGCCGCACGCCCCACAAGACAGCCGCCGCCAUGCACAGGACCAGGAGAACUGCGGAACCCUCGCCCGCCAGUGUGGAAGAGAAGUGGAGGAGGAAGCUGCCUUACCGCAUCUACGACUAUAACUACAAAGUGGGCGAGAGCUACUACAACCCCCAGACAUCGUACAUCGAGGAGCGAGACAACCUGCGCAAGAAGAUUGACCCGCCUGAGUGUGCGUCCUUUGCCGAACGCUUCGCAACCCGUCCCUUCUACGGCAGAGCCUACGGCCUGCCCUACAGCGAGACCCAGGCCGCCCUGAACCAGCCGCUGGCUCACCCCCGGCCGCGAUCGUCCAGCGCCAGCCGCGGCGGCUCAAGAUACGAUCCGGACGACGAGCCGGCCUCUGGCAGGUCAAGCCGCGGCCGUGACAGAGCGCCGCGCGACCGCAAACUCUCCUUCAACCUUGACGAUGAGGACUUCCCAUCAAAACCCAGGAGGAGGUUCUCUCUUGCCGACAGUCUUGACUUCAAAGAUCCGAUUAGCAAGUACAUCGACUCUGACUACGGAUUCAGGUCCUCCCUCGACAAGGAGAAGGCAGCGGACAACAGGAUCGGAGUUCCCACCGUUCUGAGCGAGGCCAUCAGGGACGACAUCAAGAAGUUGGAGAAGCAGUUCAAGAAGGCGGACACGCUGGAGCGAGGGACGGGCGGUAAGCGUAGCCAGAGCUGGACCGAGGUGGUGUUGAACGACGCCAUGGACCUGCCGGGCAAGAAGACAGUCAAGAGAGAGAACGUGGCCUACACUGACCCCGCGACCGGCGCCAGCGUCCGCAAGAGCUCCUACCAGCAGAGCUCCAGAUUCGAGAGCUCCAAGCCGCCCAGGGCUCCGCCGCGGCCCAUGCGCCUCCUCAGCAUGGAAGACUCCCUGUCAGACCUCAAGCCACGCACCAGACGGCGACACGUCAGCAUCAGCGGUGACGAUCAAGACUUCAAUUACUCCUCCCGCAGCAGCUUCAAGAGCGAAAGAGACAGCGGCGAUAGAUUCGGUUCCUCAAAGAAGUUCUUCAGCGAUCGUCGCGCGAAGGAGUCCGAUGAGCUGACGGGCAACAUCAACCGCAUGCUGGACAAGAUGAGGAAGCACAGCGUGGGCGACCUGGACACGUACUCCCUCAACAGCAUGAGCCCAUCCUUCGACAGCCUGGACACCCCUCGGCGAACCAGCUCGGUCCGGUCACGAUACUCCUACGGCUACUCCAAGUAGACUCUCCCCCACGGCCCCGACGACCCCCCGCGGGUGUACCCCCCCCCCCCCAUUGGUCCUAAGUGCGGCGAGAUACGUAUUCCAAACUCUCCCUCGCCCCCGCCGAGCUGUGACGAUCAAGGCUCAACGAAACGAAUCGCCAUAACCCUUUAAACAGCUGAACUCUCCUAAUCGAACAUUUUCAGAUAGCUUAAGCUUCUUAUUAUAUUUUUUCUCAAUUUCAUUUCUUCCUUUUGUCAUUUAAUUUUAGCGGUUUUGACGCGCUAGGCAGCUUCCUGUGACGCCAUCAAUAACGUGUAGAUCUAUUGGAUCCCGUCCCCAGCGAUCCCCUGCAGCAUCCAAUCAUAUCUCACCUUGCUGUGACGUCAUCAACUCAAUCAUUGGACUAACACUUUAAGGCUUCAAUAUCGUCGUAAUUUAGAGGUUUUGUCUUGUUCUCUCCUCGUCCCGCCCCGCGCCUUUAGCCUGUAGGUAGUCUGUGCCACACAGAUUUAAGCAGUUCUAGGAAGUUUAGCCAAAUUAUGUCCCCCGACUCGAAUGCCAGUCUGCCGAUCUGGUGAUAUUGCUCUUGUUAACUAAUUGUAUAUUUUAAAGAAUAAAUAAAAGUACAAUGGCCA